CCUGGCCGCCGUUUACCGACCGUCUCUCCCUCAUCUGUCAGAACAGCAGCAGUCGCGCAUACUCGCGCUUUCUCCCAUGGGGACAAACUAGAAACGCGUUUUCUCACCUCGACCGGCCGGUUAGCUCCUGUGAGCGAGCUAACGGGCGUAUUAUGAAAUGGGAUGAUGUAGCGGAAUAACUGUUUGGGACGAACCGCGCAAUACUUUAGCAUGCUAAGCUAACGUGGAGCCGAAGCCAGUGAGCGAGCUAACGGCUGUUAAGCUAACGCAGGCUAGCAUUCACCUGCAGGCUGCUCUUGCUAGCUAACAGGAUGGAAAGUGUGAAGGAAAACGAGUCUGGGGCGCUUUCAACUUCAUCAACACCACAGGGGGUACUUGAUCCUGGCGGUGACAGCGGUUCCGUAAAGCCAAGUGGACUAACACCGAUGUCAGCGGGAAGGAGACCCUCCACCGGGGAGGAUGACGGUGGGGGCGCAGAGGCGAAACUCUUCGGGAAGGGACUUGCAGCCACCUCCCUUCUUCAGAUUGCGAUAAGGAACGGGAUCUAUCAAAACCAGGUUGCAAACGCUAUCGGCGGUGCGGCCAAAAAUAUAAACAUACCUGCCGUGAAAACAGCCAACAUUUACAGCCUGACAUCAGUCAACAGCACCACUUCUGUCAACUCUUUGCUGAGCAGGAGACGGCAGAGACAUAAGAGGAAUCUGUCGCUGGGGGCUCCGCCGACCAGCUGCUUGCCUGGUGGGUCCCCUGCGGAGGCGGUAAGUCCCGCUCCCUCAGCCUCUCCGCUGAGCACCCUCAGCCUGGAUAGGAGGACUUUUCUUAGGCAGAAGCAAUCAAAGCAGCUCCAGGCCUCGGAUAAGACAUGGGUGAGAUCGGACCUCCGGCGGGGCUGCAUUCACGUCCACGACUGGCUCACGCCCUCCUACCCGCGGCCGGUGCUCUGCACAGUGGACACCACGGCUGGAGAAGUAGCCAGCAAGCUGGAAGCGAGCAAAGCUGGAGCUGUGUUGAGAAUUAACAGCAAAGCCACUGCUUUAGUUGACCUAAAUGAUAAUUGUAAAGAUAGCAAUGGACAGACCGAUGAAAUCGAAAGUCUCAGCGACAGUAUGGAUGUCAAAAACCCCAAAGCAGAAGAGAAUGAGCACACAAAACAGCAUUAUUCUGAUAUCAAACUGUCUUCCAACUUGUUGGAUUAUAAAACCACAAGUAACUCUUCAUCUGAGCUCUGUCUAAACCACAUUGGGGUGGAUUUGAGCCUGGGUGUGGCAGAGUGUUAUGGUGUCUACUCUGGUUCGGAUAUGGAGAGCAGCACCUGUGAGGACUUCAGCCCCGGUGGACCCAGAAGCACAGAGCUCCGGGACUCUCUCAGUGAUGGGGUGGGCCUGGGCACAGACUCCUCAGCAUUAAGCCCAAACUGUGACAGCGCCACAGAGGGAACUGACCCGUUUGAGAGCUCCUCAGAUGAAGUAGAGCUCACCUCUUCUCCAACUCAUUCAGCAGGCAACUCUGCUGCCGACCAGCAAGCAGACCUGCCUACCACAGACCCCUGCAAUGCUUCCAGCCAAGUGACAAACACACUAGAUGACACUGAGGCCGGAGCUGGUGAUAACGUAGAUGCCCCCAAAUUAAUCAGACCUCCCUCUAAAUGCCCCAGCAGUUCUCAGGCUCGGCCCCUGACCAGCCAAGCAUCUGUCCAGCCUGACCUGGAGAUCCCCGUGGGGAGCAGAGGAUGGCCCGAGCCCAUCAAUACUAGUCCGACCCCGGCUCUCUUCGUCCAGCUGCAUGGUGGAGCUGUGCAGCGUCUGGGAGAUGAUGAGAGGCCUCUGCAGAUAUUAAAUGAGUACCUCACUAAUCUGGGGUUUGAAGACCCAUGGAGGGUGCAGGGGGAGGCGAUGAAUCCAGAAAUUGGCUGCCUGAUACGCUUCUACUUUGGAAAGCCUCGAAGUGUGGGCGGUUCUGAGCGCGUGCAGCUCUCUGGGGUGUUCAACGUGCGGAAAGGGAAGCUGGCGCUGCCCGUGAACCGCUGGUCAAAGCGCCAGGUCACACUGAGUGGAACCAGCCUCAUUGUUUCAUCAGUGAAACACGCCCACACUGGCAAGAUGCACAUUCUCCCUCUCAUCGGAGGAAAGGUGGAGGAAGUGAAGAGACACAGCUUCUGUCUGGCUUUCAGCUCAGCUGGUCCUCAGAGUCAGACUUACUACAUCAGCUAUGACUCCUACACAGAGCACCUCCGCUGGCACAGGACGGCCUCAAAGAUUGCGUCCCAGAGAGUGAACUCAGUCGACCUCUCGUGCUGCAGCCUGGAGGAGCUGCCUGCUCAGCUGUUUUACAGCCAGGACCUCACACACCUCAACCUCAAAAACAACUUCAUUUCACUACACAAAGGUGUUCCAGCACUCACCAGGUUUUGUAAACUAAAAAGCCUCAGUUUGUCAAACAACGCUCUGUCAGAGUUUCCUCUGGCCUUGUGUGACAUCCCCUCGCUUACAGAGCUAAACCUGUCUGGAAAUCGCCUCUCAUCUCUGCCUGCAGACGUGGGAACCAUGCACAACCUGCAGACUCUUCUCCUGGACGGUAAUUUUCUGAGUUCUCUGCCUGUGGAGCUGGGCUCUCUGGAGGGCCUGACUUACCUCGGCCUGUCCUUCAACUGUUUUAUCUGCGUCCCCCCCGUCCUGGAGAAGCUCAGAGGCAUGGAGAGACUCUGUCUGGCAGGGAACCAGCUGUCUGUCCUGGAUAUAGCCGGACUGCAGUGGCUGCCUGCUCGCCACAUAGAUCUCAGGCUGAACCAGCUUCAAAAGGUGACAGUGGGAGACUCAGAGCAGCUGGUCCACAUCAUCCAGCUGGACCUGAGGGACACUGGUUUACAGGAGCUGGAUGUCAGGCCGCUCUGUAGGCUGGAGCUCCUCCGCUGUGACAGAAACACACUCUCCCUCCUCAGAGUCGCUGGCCACGCCCUCAAGAGCCUGCAUGCUGGACACAACGAGCUAAAAGUCCUGGAGGUGCAGCCGGUGCCAGAGAAUCUGACUGUUCUGGAUUUGUCCUGGAACAAGCUGGCAUGUGUCCCUGAGUGGGUGUGUGAGAGCAGCAGACUGGAGGUGUUGGACAUUAACCAUAAUUCUGUUACAGAGCUGCCCAUAAGGUGAGCAUCACACAAGCUCUCAAACACCUGCAGCAUACACGCAAUUUUCACAGACUGUGUAGAAAGAUGUUCUCAAAAUGAGGAAGGACAGGCAGGUAGCUGCUUGGAUGUAACAAAUGUAAACCAUUUAAUGGGUCAUAUAACACAUAAUUAAAGAUUUCUCAAAGACAUCAAACACAAUCUGUCGAUUUUUCAUCACAGCUUGCGAUACCUAAAUGUGUCGGCCAAUAAGCUGGAGAACCUCCCUGCAGCCAGCCUAUCAGAUGACAGCUCCAGCCGCCUGGAGGAGCUCUAUGUGACCAAUAACAGCCUGUCCGACAAGUGUGUCCCUCUGCUAACUGGACACGGCAACCUCAGGGUGCUUCACAUCGCCUACAACCAGCUACAGACCUUCACUGCCAGUAAACUGGCACGACUGGAGCAGCUGGAGGAGCUGGACCUGAGCGGAAACAGACUGCGGGCUGUACCCACCACCAUCCUCAGCUGUCAGCGUAUGCACACCCUUUCCGCUCACUCCAACUGCAUCAACGCCUUCCCGGAGGUUCUCCAGCUCCCUGAGAUCAAGUGUGUCGACUUGAGCUGCAACGAGCUGACAGAGGUGACUCUGCCAGAGACGCUUCCUCAGAAACUUCAGGAGCUGGACCUCACAGGCAAUCCUCGUCUCAACCUGGACCACAAGAGCCUGGAGCUCCUCAAUAAUAUCAGAUGUUUCAGGGUGGAUCCAUCACCUUCAGCUCCAUCUGUAAGCGAGAGCCACGGGGCCCCUGCAGUCUGGAGCCACAGCUACACAGAGGCCUCCGGAGUCAAAAACAAGCUCUGUGUGGCUGCUCUGGCCCUGGACAGCUUCUGUGGGAUUCGUGAAGCUCUGUAUGGAGUAUUUGACGGAGACAGGAACGUCGAGGUGCCUUACCUGCUGCAGUGCACCAUGGGAGACGUGCUGGCAGAGGAGCUUCACAGGGGCCCGAGACAGGAAGAUUACAUGACCAACACUUUCCUCACCAUGCAAAGGAAACUGGGCACAGCAGGCCAGAGGAUGGGCGGCUCAGCAGCUUUAUGUCACAUCAGACACGACCCAGUGGCUCCUGGUGAGCACGGCGGCUGCUUCACCCUGAAGGCCGCGAAUGUCGGCAGGUGCCAGGCAGUUUUAUGCCGCGACGGCAAAGCUAUGCAACUCUCCACCACACACACUGUCAAAGAGGAGCCAGAGUAUCAGAGGGUCCGGCAGCAUAACGCCAUCAUCACCGAGGAUAACAAAGUCAGUGGUGUAACUGACACCACCAGAAUUAUGGGUUACUCCUUCCUGUGCCCGUCUGUGACCCCCAGACCCCACGUCUCCACAGUGACCCUCACCCCGCAGGACGAGUUCUUUCUCCUGGGCAGCCGUGGCUUGUGGGACAUGUUGUCUCCCUGCGAGGCGGUGGAGGCGGUCAGGAAUGUACCGGAUGCUCUGGCUGCUGCUAAGAAGCUGGUGACUCUGGCUCAGAGUUACGGCUGCUCUGACAGCCUCAGUGCCGUUGUCGUCCAGCUCAGUAUCACAGAAGACUGCUGCUGUUUCUGCGAGCCGCCACCUCCACCCCCCAGCCCCGGCCUGGGCGCACACACCAGCACACACCCCUACUCAGCAAGUGGUGACGGCGGCAUACCUCUGCCACCGGCCUCCUCAGGAACAGUGAGCGAGCUGAGCAGCGAGUUCAGCACAUCUGAGAUGAGCAGCGAAGUGGGAUCCACGGCGUCCUCAGAGGAGCCGCCACCUCAGACCGAGCCCCUGACGUCCCACCUGAACCUGCCUGGGCGGGCCGGCGUGCGGAGACCCGCCUGUAGAGGUGGGAGCUUCCGGAGGCAGUUCUCCGGAGCUCUGUCCGACAACGGGGUCGACAGCGAGGACGAGGAGCCCAUCGCCGGCGUCUUCUCCAACGGCAGCCGCGUAGAGGUGGAGGCUGACGUCCACUGUCUGCACCGUCAUGACUGCCCAGCACCCCAAACACACGCUCACGCUAAACCAAGCACAAACAUCCCUCCCGCCGUCGCCUCGCAUCAUGAGCCUUCACCUGUUCCCUUCUCCUCCCCGUCUCCUUCCCCCGUCCCUCCCUCCUCUCCCUGUCUCAACGGGGAGCCUCUGUCCGGGACUCUCGGCCGCAGGGCUCGAGCUAACGGCUCCGUGGCCUGCCAAGGAAGGAACCAGGACCUCAUAGAGGAGGCGGCCGACGCUCCGGUCAGGAAGCAGGGGGGCUACUUCAACGCUCCUGCCCAGCCGGACCCCGACGACCAGCUCAUCAUCCCACCAGAGCUAGAGGAGGAAGUCCGGCAGAUCAUCCAGCAGCAGCAGCAGCAGCAGCAGCAGCAGGAGCAAAUUCAAGCACACAACCAGCAAGCACACAGCUACCAGAAACCUGCAGACUAUUUCGUCACACCCCUCUAACUUCUGCUCCCACCUCCACAACAGAUGGUGUCAACUUCUCAUCCAGGAUUUCAGUUUCAGGGAUACAGACCUGUGGAACCAGGACUGUUGGUCUUGAUGCUCUGCACUGCAUUAAGUUGUACCGCUCCCUCCAAAAACCUAAGUAUUCUGAACAUGCUUAUGGACCAGAAAGACUGUUAUAGUUAUGGUUUUUGUUAUCUACUUUAUUUUCUACUGUUAACUCUAUGCCCCUUGAAACGCAAUGCAAUUUUUUAUAACACUUAAAGUUGAAUAAAUCUUCACAUGUAAUUGAUUUUUACCAUAUCUUUAAUUUGAAGAAGCACUUUGAGUGCUUUUUAUUAGACUUUUGAGAUGAAUGCUAUGUUAAAUGGUACUUUGAGAUAUGGACUAUGUUCUGUUUUUGUGUUGUAGCAGACAUUUCCCCCGUGUGUCGUGGCUCAUGGCCUUACAUUUGUCGGAGUUAGUAAAACUGUUAAACUAACUCCUAGGAGUUUGACACUUUAAAGUGACUUAGUCACUGAAGCGUACUAAUAUUCUCUGAGAGAAAAGAUUAUUUCCAAAAGGCUGAUAUUCCAGGUUUGUGUUUUGGGGGGUUGCAGAUUUCAGAGUGGUGCUGCAGUGUUGAGUUAAUGCUGAACAGAGGGGAGGGGGGGGAGUCCUACCAGCUCAAUGAAUGUUUUCAGAACAGUUCUUGACAAUGGCAACUCGCACAAGAGAGCUACUUUUGCUAAAUAAUAAAUGAAAGUUUUCAGAUAA